CAGGCUUAUCACCCCCGAGGCGGAGAGAUCUAGCAGAGACUUGAGGAACAAAUUGAAUUGAAUAUGACUCAAUGCGAUACUAAUGAGUGUGAAGUUUCCCCAAAUGAUAUUAUUGGCAAGAUGUUAGGGGCAGAGCACUCCGGGAGAGUACGAUGUAUGGGUGUGGGAGCUGCUCCUUCAAACACAUUCAGGAAUACCAAAGGACGAGUUAGUGAUCCGAGCGCUUCUUCAUCUAGCUACAGUGCAUCAUCUGGAACAUAUAACCAUUUGCAACAAAAGCUUAUGCGUGUGGAAUCCCAACUAGAAGGCACCUUAAAUGCUCUGAAGGUUUACGUGAUGUCAAAGGAAGGUUCGGUUCCCGAAGAAUUUGCGGGUCUGUUUGCUCUUCAACCAUCGCCUGAUGAUGCAGAGAAUGAACGUACUUACCAGCGGAUGUAAGAGGAUCAUCGGCGGAUGACAACGCAAAUCACCAAUCAAAUGCUUAAUAUUUUCGUUGUGGACUGCUUUUGCUUUCUAAGAAUUUAAAUUCGUAAUGGUUGUCUAGACUUGUGUUUAUAUUGCUUUAGUUAAUGCUUAAUGUUUUCGUUGUGGGCUGCUUUUGCUUUCUAGGAAUUUAAAUUUGUAAUGGUUGUCUAGCCUUGUGUUUAUAUUGCUUUACUUUAAUGUACAGUACUUAAAUUUAUGGCUUUUGCUUUUAUGGAUACAA